AUGUGUACAAUCUCUUUACCUUAUAACUACACGUACAAUCCCUUUAACUUAUGUAGGGAAGAUGGAGAGAAAUUGACAAGAGAAGAGAAAAGAAGAAGACGAAGAUCAAGUCCAAGGUACAGAAGAGCACACGCCACACGGGAGAGGCUCAGAGUCGAGGCAUUUAAUUCGGCUUUUGGAAACCUACGUGAACUGCUACCCACUCUACCACCGGACAAAAAACUUUCAAAAAUAGAAAUUUUAAAGCUUGCAAUCUGCUAUAUUGCAUACUUAGAUAGUGUACUUAAUACACCCUAAUGAUAAAAAUAAAAAAGGAUCGAU